AUGUCAACCGCUAAAGGGUACCACGAUGCGCUCUUAACCCUCUCUGGCAAUCCCGUCUUUGCCGCCGCACGAGACGCUCUUCUCGCAAGCAUCAGCGACAACGAACUGCUCGACGUCAUCACCCACGGUCUCAAGACUGGUUCUCCUAGAGAAACUCUCAACGCCAUCGCGACACGACUGCUUGAUGGGCUUGCGACAGCUGGAAGAGUCGGCGACGCGGUACCGCCGGUAGAGGGCAAUCAUGGCGGCCGCGAUGAUGAGGGUGAUCAUGAUGACAGCGGCGAUGUUGGUGGCCGCAAAGAUAGUGGAGGUUCCAGCGGACAUGUAGCGCGGAGAGGCGACGCACGAUGGCCCAUACAGACGGCCCUGCAGAAGCCAACCGAAACUCCAACAACGAAAGGAACUCGAUCGUCAACCGCAGACAACAAGAGAACGGGAGAUUGCCUCAUGCAAGAUGGAAAGAAGAGAAGAUACGUUAGCCCAGAUCCGAUGGACGAUGAGGAAGAUAUCGUCAAGGCAGAGAAGUGGGUUGAGAAUAAAGCAGCAAACGACAUUGCAAAAGGGACCGAGCAAGCUUCCAGCAAUGCAACAAAGACCGCCAGCUCCGCUUCAGAUACCGACAGCGACACAGACACGAGCCUCGACCAAGAUACACCGUGGAAAAGAACACAGAAGCUGUCCGUCAUGCCAGAUCUCAACCUUGUCGAUAGCGACGACGAGGAUGACGAGGACUAUAGCGGAGAUGCGUUUCCAAUCCCAUUACCAACAUCGCGAAUCAAGAAGACCAUCCAAAUCCCAAACAUCGAUCUGAGCUUCUGGGUACCCACUGCCGCCAAAGACUCCAGGAGCAAGUCACUCAAUGAUUUCCCAAUUGCGUUCGUAAAGUGGGCGAUUCGUAAGUUCAACGAGGACUACCUGAAGACGUCACGCAAUAGGGAAUUGUAUCAGAAGAUGGUUGAAAAGAGCUACAAUGGGAACAAGUGCGUAGAGCGGCGACUGGAUAAAUAUUGGGCGCCCGCGUCCUGGGUGAAACCGAACGUCAAGUGGACUUGCAACAAUUGCCAGAGGUAUGGGAAGUUGUGUGCGAAGUUCACUAGGACUCACGAAGGCAAGGCCACGCUGGUCAUCUACCCGCUAGUAUCAAGUGGUGUUGAAGACUGGCAGUCGACGGACUACUGGGUACGCAAGUCAAUUAGCUAG